AUGAACAAAGAAUGGGUGCAUCUGAAUAGGACGACCAAUGAAUACUUGAUUGGCAGGCGUGCAUUCAUCAGUAACGCUUUAGACGUUGCUGCCCUUCAAGGAAAAAUUAAGUGCCCCUGUCGGCGUUGUUGCAAUAUGUUUUAUCGUGAUCCAUUUGAAGUCGAUGAACACCUCUAUGUCGAAGGUAUGGAUCCCCAUUACAUAGAUAUACCUUGGGUUGAACAUGGCGAACAGGUGCAUACUUCUGAUAACAUAUCAAGUCCAACUACUGAAGCUCUUAAUGAAAGAAGCCCCGAAAAUUUCAUGGCAGCGAUGCUUCAUGAUGUUUUCAGUAACCAUGUGCAUAUGGAUGAGUCAGACCAUGUUGCUGAAUCUUCUUCUGCGUGUGAUGAAACAACUGAUAAUGGCCAAUUCGACAACAUUCUACGAGAAGCAGAUGGAGAAUUAUAUCCAGGUAGUAGGAAGAAAAAGUUGGAUUUUGUGGUGAAAUUAUAUCAAUCAAAAUUGUUAUAUGGAAUGAGUGAUGCUGCAUUUGGUUCAGUGUUGGCACUAAUAAGAGAGCAUUUUCCUAUGUGCGAGACUCUUCCUCCAAAUUUGUACUAUACAAAGAAGAUUAUCCGGGCUUUAGGGUUGGAUUACCAAAACAUAGAUGCGUGUCGAAAUAAUUGCAUGCUAUUCUGGAAAGAGCAUGUAAAUGCCAUCGUUUGUGCAAAGUGUGGUGCUAGUAGAUAUAAGCAGAGGAAGGGAAAUUCAGGAACGAUCCAAUGUACGAAGGUACCAAAAAAGGUUUUACGCUACUUUCCCAUAGGUCCUAGACUACAAAGGUUGUACAUGUCUCGUUACACAGCUGAGUCAAUGAUAUGGCAUUCAGAGAUUAGAACUGACGAUGGUGUUUUGAGGCACCCUGCUGAUUCUCCGGCUUGGAAGCAUUUGGAUAAUACAUAUCCAGAUUUUGCAAGUGAGUGUCGCAAUGUCCGUCUUGGGCUUGCAAGCGACGGAUUCAAUCCGUUUGGCAAAAAAAGUCCCGGUGAUGUAAUUGAUGUUUUCCUGCAGCCGCUAAUUGAUGACUUACGACAUUUGUGGAUGACAGGUUUGCGAACAUUUGAUAGUCACCAUCAAGAAACCUUCACCAUGCGUGCUGCAUUGUUGUGGACUAUCAAUGACUUUCCUGCUUAUGCCAUGCUCUCAGGGUGGAGCACUAGUGGUGAGAAAGCUUGUCCGACUUGCAGUGAUGACACCGAUUCUUUAUGGCUUAAGCAUGGGAAAAAGUUUGCAUUCAUGGGACAUAGACGAUGGCUCCCGAUGUCACACAGAGAGAGAAAUGUAGCUGAAAAUGUUAUUGGCACUCUUUUGGAAAUUGAAGGGAAAACUAAAGAUGGUAUUAGGGCAAGGGCUGAUCUCGUAGAGUUAGGCAUUAGGCAUGAUCUCCACCCACGGGCAGAUGGUGCCCGUACAAAGCUUCCAGCGGCGGAAUACAAUAUGAAACCUGGGGAGAAAAGAAUGUUGUGCCAGGUUUUGGAAUCAAUUCGGGUGCCAGACAACUACUCUUCUAAUAUCAGCAACUGUGUUAAUAUUCAAGAAAAGAAGUUAAUUGGAUUGAAAAGCCACGAUUAUCAUAUGCUGAUGCAGGUCUUCCUCCCUAUUGCAAUACGAAAAGUGUUACCGAAAUCGGUUAUUAUAGUGUUGUUAGAGUUGAGCAGAUUUUUUCGCCAACUUUGUUCAAAAACUGGAACUGAAGAAUUGUUCAAUGGCUUGUCAAAAAGCAUUGCCUUAACUCUAUGCCAUCUGGAGAAGUUAUUUCCGCCAUCAUUCUUUACCGUUAUGGUACACUUGAUAAUUCACCUUGCGGAUGAAGCUGCUGUUGCUGGCCCGGUCCCAUACCGAUGGAUGUACCCCAUUGAAAGGUACCUACAUCUUCUAAAAUCGUAUGUGCGCAACAAGAGUCAACCAGAAGGAUGUAUUGCAGUGGCUGUUAAUCUAGAUGAGUGUGUAUCAUUUUGCUCCAUGUACAUGGAGGACUCUGUUGUUACCCGUCGCAAUAGGCCUGGACGUAACUAUGAUGUGAUGCAAGGUGAUGCACGGCAAGGACUUCCUUUAUUUGGUAGCCAAGGCAAACCAGCAAGUGCUGUUGAAACUGUUUUACUAGAACGUCCGAGGUUUGAAAUGGCUCAUCGCUAUGUCCUUGUAAAUUGUCCGCAAAUGGCAGAAUACUUAAGGAGACAUAUGUCACAUGUAAUUUCCACUCGUGGCAGAAGAACUACCAUAUAUGAUGCAGAAAGAGAAGCUUUAGAUAGUUUCCCUCAAUGGUGUCGGGAUAAUGUACAUAAUAUAGGGGCGAAUGAUGAGGUAGCUAUUAAAGACGAUAUACGUGCAUUGGCUGCUGGACCGAUGCAGUGGGUAAACCGUUAUACCACGUACAUCAUGAAUGGAAAUCGAUUUAAGGUUGCUUCUGCUGAUCGACAUGCACGAACCCAAAAUAGUGGUGUUUUUUUAGCAUCAGAAGUUAGUAGUUUUGCUACUACCGUCGAUAGGAAUCCAAGGUAUGGAGAUGUAGAUUAUUAUGGUGUUGUGACAGAUAUCAUUGAGUUAGAUUAUCACAAUGGUCGGAAGGUUAUGCUAUUUGAAUGUGAUUGGUUUGAUGUCAAGAGCAAAGGGUUUCGUACUAAGAAGGAUGAGUAUGGGUUCACUUUAGUUAAUUGUGAACAUCGUUUACCUCCGGAUGACUCAUUCAUACUGGGGUCACAAGCAACGCAAGUAUUUUAUGUUCAAGAUCCUAUUGACACUGAUUGGUAUGUUGCUACCAAGACAAAGCCACGAGAUGUUUACAACAUGCUCGAUACAGAUAUAGAAGACCUCAACACAGCACAAGAUAUAGGAAACACGUCAGGGGAUGAUGAUAUGGUUCAAACAAGACCGGAUGUUGUAGAAAUUGUUGUUGCGGAACGAUUAUCAGACUUGUAA